CCUCUCUAUAUCUCUCUUUUCCUAUACAUCUGUCUUGCAUCUCAACCUUUUGCAGGCCAUUUCUCUCUCCAUUUGUCCAUAUAACCUGACACCACAGACCCUCCCUUUCUCUUCCAAAUGCACCUUCUCUGACCUUUCUUUUAUCCCCAUCCGUUACACUUCAAAACAAACUCUUCUUCUUCAUCUUUUGUUUAUAUAAUAUAUAAAUACUUGGAAUCUGUUUUGAAUAAUUAAGAAAAACCCAAAUUGAGGAUUUGAAGCUAUGUUGCUGGAUCUUAAUCUUGAUAUUCUUUCCACUACUACUGACUCGUCUUGUUCAAGAAGAACCCAAAUGGAAGAAGACUCUGCAGGGACUUGUAAUUCAUCAAUAGUCAAUAUUGGUGAUGAAAACUCAUCCAACAACAACAAAACCUCUGUUUUCCUUUUUGAUAUCUUAAAACAGAGCAACCACCAUGCCUCCUCCUCCACCACCACCACCAGUGAUGGAAAAGAAACUGAUUUUGGGUUGAAGUCCGGGUUAAUGGGUUCCUCUGUAAGGCCUCAAUGGCUUAACUUAUCGUGUGUGGAGUUCCGCAGAGAGACAGAACUGAUAACUCUGCAGCAGCAGCAGAACCAGCCAGUGAAGAAAAGUAGGCGUGGACCAAGGUCUAGGAGCUCACAGUACAGAGGAGUCACGUUUUAUCGGCGAACGGGUAGAUGGGAAUCACAUAUAUGGGAUUGUGGAAAGCAAGUGUAUUUAGGUGGGUUCGACACUGCUCAUGUUGCUGCAAGGGCAUAUGAUAGGGCUGCAAUAAAGUUCCGAGGAGUAGAUGCUGAUAUCAAUUUCACUUUGAGUGAUUAUGAUGAAGAUAUGAUACAGAUGAGGGAUCUAAGCAAAAAAGAAUUUGUGCAAGUUCUUCGUCGAAAAAUCUCCGGCUUCGCCCGGGGAAGAUCGAAAUAUAGAGGUGUGACACUGCCUAAAUCCGGUCGAUGGGAAGCUAGAAUGGGACAAUGCCUUGGGAAGAAGGCCUAUGACAAGGCUGCCAUCCAAUGUAAUGGAAGGGAAGCUGUGACUGAUUUCGAGCCCGGAACAUACAAAAUGCAGAUACCUGUAGACAUGAAUAAUGGAGGUAUCAGACAUUCUGAUGUCUGUGCUCAUGAUCUUGAUCUGAGCCUAAGGAUAUCAGCAUCGGAAGGUUGUUCGAAGGGGAUCGACAAUGCAAAGGGUUUCGAUUUUCGAUGUAAUGCCGUUGAGAUACACAGCAAAGAGAAAGCAAUGGUUGCCAAUUCUACUUUUGCCGUCAGGAGGAAUGGACAGCCAUCCCAAUCCUAUGCUUCAACAGAGGCAUCUAAGCAUCAUAUCAUGUGGCCUAGCAUAUAUCCUGCUUCGUCAACAAACUAUUUGCAACAUCAGGAUUCUAUUCUUCUUCUUCUUCAACAAUCACUGCCUCCUCGGCCACCCUUUCGCUCAAUCUACAUAACCGUUCUCUCAAGAAUAUUAUGUAUAACCUUCCGAUACCGGCCGCAUCCACCACUAGCUGUUCCUCUCAGCUCUACAAUUACAGAAGCUGAAAUCAACAAUGUUGAAAUGCAACAAUUUGUGAAUCGUAAUUCUUGUCACACCUUGAAUUUUGACUUAAUUUACCUUGUUAUCAGCUUAGAAAUUAAAUUUGGUGUACGUGAAUCUGAUUGUCCGAAUCUAUAG